AGAUAAAAACUGUCUUCAGCAAUAAAAGAUCUAAACAUUCCUCAGAUAUGAGCUCACUAGGAUCUGAUGGGAUGGACCUCCAUCACGUCUCAGAUUGAUCAGCUGCUGUAAAUGAUAUAAAAGCAAGAGAGAGCACCUACAGAUACAUCAGUGAGAUACAUCACACACUCAUCUACAUCAUGACCUUCACCAUCUUCUCCAUCACCUGCCUUACCCUGGUGGCCUCUGCUCUGGGUUGUGGAGUGCCUGCGAUUAAACCACAGACGAUCGGCAGCAGGAUUGUGAACGGACAGAAUGCCAUCUCUGGUUCUUGGCCCUGGCAGGUCUCUCUCCAGCUCCCCAAUGGUUUCCACUUCUGCGGAGGAUCCCUGAUCAACCAGAACUGGGUUCUCACUUCUGCCCAAUGCGCUGUCGUGGUCAACUCUCAUCGUGUCAUUCUUGGAGAACAUAAUCGUGGCUCCAAUGAUGAACCCAUCCAGAUCCAACUAGUUUCCAAGGUCAUCACCCAUCCGCUCUACAACAGGGUAACCUUCAACCAUGACAUUGCUCUGCUGAAACUGUCGUCUCCAGUCACAUUUACUCCCAGUAUCUCUCCUGUAUGUCUGGCUUCAUCAGGUGCCAGCAUCGUGCCUGGAACCCGCUGCUUCACCACUGGCUGGGGCCAGACUGCCACCACAACAAGCCCUGAGAUCCUGCAGCAAACAGUUGUACCCAUCAUAAGUCCUGCUGUGUGCAGACAGAUCUGGGGUCAGAGGAGAAUCACUGAUGCUAUGAUCUGUGCUGGAGCCUCCGGUUCCUCAGCUUGCCAGGGUGAUACUGGUGGUCCUCUGGUGUGUGAGAGUUCAGGGGUCUGGACUCUGGUGGGCUCUGUGUCUUGGGAAAGAAGCACUUGUGACCCCCGUUUCCCUGGAGUCUACACCAGCAUCUCCCAGCUGCGCUCUUGGAUUGACGAGACUAUUUCUUCCAACUAGAUCACCAGUCUGAAUAUUUAUUUUCUGUCAUUGUUUCCUUGUUGGUGGUCUUUUUGUUCAUGGGUUGGGUCAGUCAAUGACUUCAUGGUGAAGUCUGAGACUUCAUUCUGUUUUCCUGUUUCAGCUUUACAGAUAAUGAAAACGUUUCAAUAAAUGAGAUGAGUAAAAUAAAAUGAAAAAAAAAAAAAAAAAGCACUGGAGAAUGUUGUAGAGUGUAUUUAAUGACAUUUUAUAUCAGACAAGGCCUCUGCUCAAUCUGACUUUUGUUGCAGCCUGGAAUUAAACCACACCAUGCUGGUUUCGUUUGGCCAUAGGAGACUUGGCCCCCCAGCCUUAUUUCUCCCUAGGGGUGUAAUGAUUCAUUGAUAUCGAUCGAUACAUCAAUACAAUGUCUGAUGAUACGGCGCAUCAAUGUCACAUGUAAAAUAUGAUAUCUGUAGUAUAAAUAGGCACCUUAUUUGGCACUGGCCACAUUUUCACAUAAUGUCCAUAUAUGCAUUACCG